AUGUCAGAGUACAAGGACUGGACGCGCGAGACUGAGAACGCCGUCCUCGACGAAGUCGCGGCCGCUCAGAACGACAGCCCCGAGCGCACUCAUCCGCCCUCGACGCUGCCGCCUGGCCAGCCCUCGGAAGAAACACAAGUGGACAGGACCGAGUCGCCUCCCCAGCCAAGUACUUCAUCGUACUCGGAACCACGGCCAGGCUUCGCGCACAUUGACGGCGAUGUCAACGGGCGCGGGUACAAUGAGACUCUGGUCGACAUCGUUUGUGUGCCGUGUCCCGGCGCCGACCCGGUGGAAACCUGGGCCCGUGACCCGCUGCCGGACGGAUACUUUGGACGGGCCGCCGAUGUGCCGCCGACUGCGUUGAAAGAGCUUGCAGGAGCUAGCAUUCUGUCGCCGACGAUCAAUCGACAUCUUCCCAAGGCGACUCAUCUCUGGGUAAGGCAGGGGAUCCGGAAGGAGGUGAGUGAGGCCCGGGUGCUGCUCUACCGGCAUCGUGAGUUGAUUGAGGGAGUCACGUUGGAAGAGCUCGCCAACGAUUUGAUUGAGCAAGUUUGGAACACGAGAUAUGGCAAUCAACGGUCCCGGCCUCUGUUCUUCAUUGCCCACAGUAUUGGCGGCCUGGUCGUCAAAUUGGCUCUUCUCAAAGCCACAAAGACCGAGCAUUUUAAGCCAUUCAUGUACAAUUGCCAUGGGGUCACAUUUUUUGCAACUCCGCACAAGGGCUCCAGCUACUUGUCAAUGAACAACCUGGAAGACAGCAUUAGCCACCUUCUUCGCCUCCAGCGACCGCUUCCACGCUCGAUAUCCAACGAUUUGAGAUUAGGCCACAAGCCUCUUCUAAGGAUGGACGAAGAGUUCUCAACCAUUGCUAGUGAGCUCAGAAUCUGGACCUUCUACGAGACCAUCGACUCGCAGCUUUCAGGCUCUGGAUCCACGAGUCGAGGCUUAGCGAAGCAAGUCCGAUUCGGUGCUCCGAUUGCUUCCAUCAAGUCAUCAUUACUCGGCGUGAGGCAAGAACGGGUCUUCUCUUUGGAUAGUGAACAUGCCAAUUGCGCAUCGUUCGGGGAGGGAAACACAGAAACGAUGAACACUUACCUGCGCGAGCUCUCUGCAGCGGUCCAAAAGGCAACAGAUUUGAGUUCUCAGUACAUCCACACGCCGCUGAAUCUCAAGAGACACGUCAAAGUCGAGAUCAUUGGCUUCUAUGAAGACCCAGAUGCAGAAAUGGAAUCCGCCAUCCGGUUAUACUUCACCAAGCGUAAUCUACAAGACUUCUUGCAUAAAGGUCCUGAGCGCUGCCUGGAGGAGCGACUGAGAAGGACCGCGCUUCGACCGCGAUCCGAUCCUAAUCCGCCUCACCCAAGCCAGCAAGACUCACAACAGAGCUCUAAUGGGUUAGGAAUUCUCGCUGGCUUCCAAGAGCUGGGGCAAAAGAUUUGGCGGGCUGGCUCCGACACUGGGAGCAGACCCAAGAGCUCCGAUUCGGAAAGCCAGGGCUCGCCCGGCAUCGUCGUCACACGCCCUUCCAUGGCCGGAGGUUCCAACUCGAUGCCCCUCGAUACCCUUCGUCGCAUGCAAAGCCUCAAGGUGCCGGCCUUGUCUCCGCCGGGAUUCAAUCGGCCAUCCAGUCGAAGCAGCCAUGCCGACAGCACACGGUCUGAUCCAACAGAGCUAGAGCUAUCGCCCAAGACGGCAGACCCCGAGCCUUUUGCGGCGACGGGCGUCGAGAAGAGCUACUCAGAGCCGCUGUCUAGACGACAAGACCGAUACUCGAGGGCUUCCGCCUUGGAGGAUCUGACGGCUGGAUUCUCCAGACCUGAUCCGACGGGAAGAAAAUUCAUGUGGAUUCACACCCCGUUCACCAAUCCCUCUUGGGUCAAGGAUGUUGUUAGGGUUCUGGCGAACCCCAAUGACCCAAGCUUCGUGAAACUCUUCAAUCAUGAUAACUGGGCAUCGAAACACGUCAUUGGCAGGCAUUCCCAAUCGCAAGCAUCGUUCGUAAAACCGGCUUGCAACAUCAUUCCUCUUAACUCUGCUCCCUCGCCUCACCCCUCUCCCAACCUUUCAGGCCGUGUUAGUCCAGCUGGGCCUUCUUCAGCUUACCUUUACAUGUACCUUCCAUUCCUUCACUUCGACACUUAUAUCGACAUAGUUCGCCGACGCAACUUCAUCAAGCAGCGCAUGCAGCAUGGCCGGUCUCGUCCCGUCCCGCGAGAAAUCGCCCAGUUGGACUCUGCGGAGCUUCGCAUGAUCUGGGAGUACAUUGGAUAUGAUCCGCCCCUCAACUAUCGCCGAACCCUAGACCAGUUUGCCUAUCCCUCUUUGAGGGACACAUGGGCCCGUGAUGAUGAUCAGAUGCUAUACAAGCUGACCAAAGACCGCGCCUCCAGUGGCGUUGAUGUAGAGCAACUGGGUCUCGAGAGGAGACAGACAUCGGGGUCGAAUUGGACCCCGAUAAGUAAACUUACGCCUUCAAGUACUGGGCUUUUAGAGGAGGAUAACAUCACCGAUGAUGAAGACGAAGAUCUCAAUGAGGUCAUCAAGGACGGCAAGGUUCUCAUGGUUGACGAGCUAUGGCUGUGGGCGAUUGAUACCAAAACCCUGACUACAUUCUUCAAUAGAAGGGAGUCAAAGCCAAAAGAGGGACCUCUGUUUCAGCAAGCGGAUCUCAGAAACAGCGUAUACAAUGAACUGAAUGGAGAUCUCACAGGCCGUUGCGAGAAUGCACUUGACCUUGCAGCAUUCAUCGUGCUCCAUGCCAUCACUGUUCUACUGGACCGGGCCUCACAUCCCGACCUCGAGAUCUUUAGAAUCUUUGAAGAAGCAAUCAGCAUGCUCACCGAGCGUAUGACUUCGUCCCUGAAGCACUUCCGCAUGCAGACAUUCAAAGACGUGGGCGGUUUAGACUCGGACUCGGAAAGCAACCGGCCGGAAUCCAUCAAGAAGCGCCAUAAGCGGGAGCUCGAAGAAGCCGAGCGAGAGAACCGCGAAAACACAUCGGCACUGAUGGAACUCCGCGACCUAGAGGAUGAACUCAAGUCGCUAGAGAGGUUAUUCGAGACCCAGGAUGGCGUGGUUCGGAACAUGAAGACCAUCUUUGAGGGAGAAGAUCUCAAAGCCGUGACAAAGAAUGGGCAGAUGUAUCUCGAAGAGGCACUGGCCAAGCUCGAAGAGUAUAAAAGCCAGACGCUUGAGAUGCUGAAGCGAGUCGACACGACGAGGAAUGAUUACGAGAAACUCCUGGAAAUGGUGCAACGCAAGGCUCAAGUCGACGAAGUCCGGUGGUCACGACUUCAGACCGAGCUAGCCUCGUCACAAAACCUCUCCGUCAUGAUCUUCACUACAUUUACCGUCAUUUUCCUCCCCCUGUCCUUCUUCACGAGCUUGUUUGGUAUGAACACGUUCGAGUGGAAUGCUCAACUUCCCACCAUUGGUUUCAUCGGCGCUGUUUCCCUACCGCUAUCCGUGUUCAUCAUUGCGGCGGCGCUCAUCGCCGCGUUCAGCAGUCGUGUGCAAGGACUCGUCCGGACGGGAUACAAGGGCGGGAAGAAGCUUGUCGUUUUGAUAGCAUCUAGCAUCAAGAAGAUUGUCCCACAGAGGAAGAGGGAGAAAAGACGCAUCAAUAAAGAGGAGAGGGAAGAGAGACGGACGAGGAGGAAAGAUGGCGGGUAUGACUUCUGGGAGACUGUUAGGAGGGAGAGGGUAAGCGAGUAUCGGAUUCCGGACGUGAACCGCAACAAGACGAAGGCAUGA